AUGUCAACUAACGGUUGCAUUUCUUCUCGAGCUGUGACUUAUCUACCACAAGCUCCCAAGUUCUUUGACGUACUUGACGACCUAUGGGAACCUCAAACAAACCCUCGCGGCCUUGUUAACCUUGGACUCGCUGAGAAUGCAUCGAUGCAGACAGAACUGAUUGGGUACAUCAAUUCCAAGCUUCACGCCACCUCACAUGCCCUGACGUAUGGCGAUGGCUUUACUGGCUCCAAACGGUUGAAGCAGGCUUUUUGCCACUUCCUAAACAAGCGCUUUCGACCUGCGAUCCCUCUUGUUCCCAAACGCCUCCUUAUCACACCUUGA